AUGCAUCCAUCUGCUAUAUCGCCCGAUGCACCAGUAUUGGGAAAGAGGAAGCUUCGCUUGGUGAACGACUACUCGCGUCCUGCAUCGUCUUCGACCGCUUCGCUGGCUCGGUCGUCACACGAAGCGUCAGGCCAGACACAGAGGCAACAAUCAAGCACCACAGGUACCGCUAGCCGUGCAGAAGAGGUGCCCCAUUCCCCGGAGGUCCUCAUCCAGCACCGUGAUGGAGGUACCGCGGCCCUUCAAGAGCUUCCUCUGCCCUACACGGAUCUCUCCUGA